CGUGUAGUUUCCUGUUGGCAGUGUGCCAGAUAUACAGGACAUGAUGUCAUAUCAAGAUAAUUGCAGCGGCAGCGAUGCUACCACAGUGUUUCAAGAGCGACCACUUAGCACCACCAUUCAACAGAUGUAUGUAUAUGAAAAAGUGUUUUGUGUUUUUCAGGUGUUUCAAGACGGAGGUCCAAAUGUCCACUCUGUGCACGGUGUGCACAUAGAGCCUGUAGACGGCAGAAUGCAACAGGUUCAAGCCGGGCACUUGUGAAAAGCAACUUCGAAGGCAACUGACGCGGGCUGUUGUAAGUCUGCUCUGAAGGACCUGAACAAACUGGCGAUUAUAGAGGAGCAGAUUUAUCUGAAACGGAUGCCUCCUCCAGCCACAGCUCUUGCACUCGUCUUCACCAUCAGUGAGUGAGGGAGACUCCUCUGUGGGUCCUCUGCCCCUGCAGCUGUCGGGAGUCGUCUAGAUCCAACCACCCCGCUGCCUCCAGGCACACGCGGCUGAAAUCGAGCUCAGUGGGCCUUCCGCUCCCCGCCGGACCCCGCCCACUCGGCCUCUGCCUGCGCCUCAGCGUCACGGAGCCACCACUGCCUGAAAUUACGUGAGACUUGACGGUGGAGCAUUUAAAGCCAGCGACGUGCCGUGCGACCGACAGGGGGAGACAGACAAAAAGAGAAAAGAGCCGACGGAGAGACCCCACCCAGCAGUAGGUGGAUCGUGGUUUGGAGGAGGAGCGCUCAUAUCAGCAUGAGCACAGACAGUACCUUCUGUGGUGUACCAGAGGGAGAGAGGAAGGAAACCUUCUCAGUGCAGACAAAAGAGCGAUCAGGAGUUUGUUUACCUCCUUUGGUACAGUGGUUUCCACACGGACGAAGCGGAUUAUUCAACCAUUCCUUCCUCCAACAAACUUCAGCAAAAAAAAAAAACUCUGGGAUUUAUUUCACUUCUGACUUUCUUUGUUUUUUUGUUUUGCUUUUGGAAGUAAAUGUUUUGCUCACUUUGGACCUGUGGAUCCUCUCUGGACUUGUAUUGAUACAUUUUUAUUUUUUUUUUGGACACAUUUAUACUGCGGCCAGCUGGACAUCGCGUCAUUUUCGGGGCCAGCGGUUAUGUCCCGCCACUGACAUGCACCCUCCGCCCAGACCACCAAACCGGUCCGAUGGCUCGACAGCAGUAACGGCAAGCGAGGAGAGCGGCGGCGGCAGCGGCGGCGGCGGCGGCGGCGGCGACCCACCACUCGUCGGUGCAGCUGGAGCCUCGGCGCAAACCUCCCGUUCGAACGACCGAGGCGAGUGGAGCUUUGGCCGCCCCGGCUCCAGCGGAGGAGGAGAGCCGGACUCGCCGCCCCGGUGCAGACUCAAUGCCAUCUCCCUUCCCGACGGCCUAGGCGUUUUUCAGAAGAGGUCCAUAUUCAGCUUCCCGCGCCGCUCCUCCAGUGGAUAUUUCUCCUUCGACGGCGACUCGCUGCCGAGCUCCCCGCUCUCCCCGAGGCCGGCGACGGCCGACCGAGCCACGCAGACUCCGACCCCCUCCGGCCAGGUGAUGAAGCACGCCUUGCAGCGCAUGGCUGAGGCGCGCGGCGGAGGACCGGGGACGCAGCGGCUGCACGAAAGUUCUUCCAGCCCCUCUAGCACACGGCGACGAAACGCAGCAGGGGACAUGCAGGCGGAGGCAGUCGGACAAGAGCUCCGACGCAUUGGAGAUGACUUUAAUGGAGUCCUCCUGUCAAGGGGGAUGGCAGUUGGAUAUAGACACGUGGUGAUCCAUCCGAACCAGCUGCCGCAGAUCCACCAGGAGCCCACGAUGCUUUUGUGCAUGGGCCUCCUGCUCCUUGUGAUUGGACGGAUAAUCUACCUGCAAGGCAGUACGAACAGCCAGGACCACUCUCAGGUUUAGCCUUUGGAAAACCCAGCAGACGUAGCAUUUUUCUUAAGUAAUGUAUCUGUGGAUCUAUCACAUCUUGAAUCUUCUUUUUGUUUUUGGAGACCUAAUUUUUACUCUCCAUCCUUCUUUCCCAAAAGAGGAAGAAGACUUUGGAGUCUGUCUGUAUUAAUUUUGAUGGAGAUUAUUUGUUAACACCUUUAAGGAACUCUAAAAUGCCUGUAUUUUAUUUGAUUUUUUUUUGCACCUGUGCUUUUCCUUCACGGUCUCUGAGCCUUUGUAAUGCUACCAAAGAGCCAGGAUUUUGCACAGCACAGAGGCAGUCAUGUCACCUAAAUAUGCCUCUCCGCAAAAUGACACAUAUGGAAAUUCAAAUGUGCCUUGUACAGUUUCCUUUUUACUUUUAUUCGCUUCUUUUAAGGUGUUUUUGUUGUACAGAGCUUAUGAGUUCCCUGGGUGAUCAACUCUGCAGACCCAGGGUUGUUAAAGUACGUGGGUCUGGUUAACAAAAUUUUCCCCAAUCUUUUCCCUGUGAAGGUUUCAGGCAGGAAAAAUGAUGGCGCUCCUUUCACGUUAGGAUCCACCGUAUAACAGACUUGUGACCUGUGUGGGAACCAGCUAAGCCAAAGCUAGCAUUUUUAUCCAAUGCUUUUAUCACACAAUAUUCUUAAACUACUGUACCAUUUAACUUUUCUCUACCAUGAAAUACACGCCUUCUUAUGCUUGCAUUUUACGUAAAUAAGUCAACAGUACAUCAGCGUUUUCCUGAUAAUUUGAGUAUUAAAUGACACAGAUAUCGACUUAAGAGAUCAGCAAAUGCCAUGUAAUGCUGUAUUUAUCAGACUUCUACAGCUAAAGCCCCAUUCGGACUAGUUGAAUAUUCCUGGGAGUGGUGAGGUGGAUAGUGAAAAAAAUAUUAUCUGCGGUCCUCAGCGCCUUGACUACUUGUUCAGGAUUCUGUUCACGCUAUUGACAAAUUCCAGCAUUUUGCAGAAACAUCACUGUCACCGGCUGAGUUGAUGAAACAAAAUCAGGAAAAGCAGAAGUUGGCUUGCAAAAACAAAUAUUUGGGACUGUAAAUAAUUCUUUGGUAGGGGGAAAAAAACACACUCUGGACCGAUCAGCACAUACGAUAUUAAAAUUAUGCAGCUUUCCCUACAAGUGAAUCCUGUUCAAAUGCUGCCUAAUAAAGUGUCAGUUUUGUUUUGUGUGUCAUAUUUUCAUAGCCUGGAUCAAGUUUUAGCCACAGCAGCUCCUGCUACCGCGAAUAUGUAAUCAGGCAAUCUGUAAUCUGGAUUAUUAUUCCUUCAAAGGUACUUUAAGGAGAUGCAUAAAAACUGCAGAUUUUAAUAAAUGAGAAAAGUUGUCUGAACAAAAAUGUAUAUUAUAGAACUUUUGGGAAAAUUAAUGUUUUAUCCACGUAUUUCCUGAGUACUUUACAAUUUAUUAAACAGCAAUUGGUACACAAUAGACAGUAUGAACUGUUCAUGUGUAAACUGAAUCUGCCCAGACAGAUUUUACCCUGUUUAUUGUUUUACAUUAAAAAAAAAUAAAUUACCCAUCGAUACUAGUAAGAUAAUACUGUACCAACCUUCGAGUAACUGAUACCAGCCCUCUUUUGUACAGAAAAGCCUUUGUUUCUGUAACCACUAGAGCCAAUAGGCACAUGACUUCCACCCUUCUCUCACUAAAGUCUAACUUGAAAGAUUUCUUGAAAGAAUUUCAAAUCACUUUUAUCACCAAAUCCAAUCUGUGUACAUGGAUUCCUAAAAAAAAACAAAACAAAAGCAUCAAGGGGCUUCAUUUUCCCCCUUUGCUGUGGUUGUCUUCAGCAUUAAAACAAAGAUUUUGCACGGUAAUAAUCCACAAUAGGGGCAGAUUACUUCCCUUGUUCAUACGAUGAUAAGAUUUUGAUACUUGUUACUAAGACGGCCAAUUAGUGGAGCGAAACUCACGGAGCAAGACCGUUUAACUGUCAUGUUCUCCUGUGAUGUUUACUCAUCUUCGUCCUUUUGCAUUAAAGCGUUCUUCUAUGAGUGAUCAAACAGUACUGCCUUGCACUGGCGUUAGUUUCAGCCCCUGGAUUUAGCAUCAGCAGCCGGGCUGAAUGUAGCUGACAUGUACUGGUUUGAUGACAAGGUCAUGUUAUCCGUUUAUUAGCACAGUGAUUCAGACCCUGCCAAGUCUCCUCACGCCUGCCAGGUCAUUAAACACUCUCAGAGAGAGAUUUCUGGCCAGAAACCAACCGCUGAAUAAUGCAGGGUCAAAGAGGGUUUUGUUACUGACUGGUUAGCCAGCAGUAGCAACAAACAGUGGUGAUAAAGGCUUCAGAUUAAGUACAUUUAUUCUUAUCUUUGUGCUCAUUAAAACAUAUCAGUUCUGGCCAUUAUUUUAUUUUUUUUUUUAUUAGGUCUUCUCGUAUGAUUACUAAAAUGCAAGAGCAAUGAUAAACAGUUUGUGAAAGCGUAAAAACCUUAUAUGCAAAUAAAAUGAAAUGCCUGCUCUUUGUUAUGCGCAAAUAUCUGGAUUUCUUCUUCUUAUUUGGAGGGCGCAUUUUAAAAUGCGUCAGUGUCCUUAGUUAACUGUACGAUUUUAGGCAUUUGAAAAUCAGGUGGUGAACGAGAAUUAUGCAAGGAAAAAAAUUGACCCAAGCACCUUAUGUUACCAAGAGUGCAUCAAACAGCAAACAUUGUAUUUGAAUUGUCCAUGGAUGCAGUGUGCAUGUUGACCAAAGAGAUUUGUGUAAAACUAUUGUUUUGUGGGUUGUUGUGGAUGGAACAAGUGAAAUAUUACCAAAUUCUGUGCCAUACUGUAUAUUGUUUGGAUUGGUACCAGUUAUUCACAAAAUCACAUCGGCUGCAGUGAGUGUCUGCUUCAGCCUGACUGGAAUAAUAAUGUAAAUGUGUUUUUUUUUAUUAUUUUUUUUAUGCUUGGCAAGAUCAAUCAGUGUCAGAAAAGUCCUUUUUUAAAGCAGUUUGACCGAGAUCUGAAUAAGACCAUUUUCAGGAAUCACACUUAAUGCAUUUAAAGCUUUACUCUUGAGUGGAAGUUUUUCUGUUUCAAAUGAAAGUCUCUUGUCAGCAGCAUUGCAGAUACUGUGUUGCCAUUUGUGUCACAUGUGUUGGAUUUAAUCAUCUAAAACAAAUUUGCUUUGCUCCCUAUGUGGUUAUCCAGAUGAGAACAGCGAAUCAGAACAGAAACAGUUGUUUGUUGUAACACAAUCAAUAACCAAAUUCAUCUGACUGUGUUGGAGUCACUCUUGGAUGUUUUCACGGUUCUGUCAUCACCCAUUCAUCAUAGAUUAAGUGGGAUCUUGGUUUUUAGCAUUCCUAAACUCUUAUUUCAGCAACUCUGUCACCUGUGUAAUUGUAUGUUUUAAUGGUUAAAUCAGCUGCUCGGCCUCCAAUGUUCAUUUUCAGUCUUCAUACAAUGAGGUGAUGGAUUAGUUUCAGGUUGUCUAUUUAGUAACUGAAGCUUUUUGACAUUUGUUAUUGCGUGCAUAAUGUGCAUGGUGAAGACAUGGGCGAUAAAUUUCAGGGGAUAAAUUCGUCAGAAGAACCUGCUUUUUGGACAGAUGUGGAAAUCCCUCACACUGUUCCAUCUCUGACAUGACAACAGUCUCAAACAAAUAGCGUGUCGAGGACAGAAAGCAUGAAGUUAGAGGUCGGAAAACAAUGGAUGAGACAUCCAAGUACACAGAUAGACAACAGCGCCUAUGAGUAAACCCAGGGGCAGGGCCAGCGCCAGCAUUCCUUGUUUGAAAGCCUUUCAAACAACCAAAAAAGGAGGCAAAACGACUACAAAGAGAUUCAGAACGACCAAAAAAAAUAACCACAGAGAUGCAGAAUGACUAUAAACAGUAGCGCUUUGUGUCUAGGGGUCUUGCUCCUUUGUAGAAGGGCUGAGGGGCCUUAUACAUACCUGUGUCCAGGGGCCCGUCGUCUCAUAACCUGUCCAUGGCUGUUUAUUAACACAUUUUUACCCAUUUUACAAAUGUGCCCACCUUCUAUGAAACUGUGCCCCAGUCCAACCGGCGCCCCGUUCAAAGGUUUUUAAACCUGCCCCUGGGUAAAGCAAGUUUUGUCCAGUCACUGUUAGAGGCAGAAAAACUUAAACUAAAGUUUAAAGCGUCUUAUGUCAUUACGUCCACGUUUAAUUCUCGCCACGCUGUGUCACACUACUUUCUGUUUCUAGUUGUGUUUCCUUACUUGUUCUAGUCCUUCCCUGGUAGAGAAAUGUAAGAAAUAAGAUGACACAUUUCAGGUUAGUGUCAUACAAUAUUCUUUUGGAAAUGCAGACGUUUUACGCUUGUCUUCCUGUGCACCACGUUUACUCCCUUUGCUUUUCCUCCGCUGUGACACUGAGAGCGAUGUGACUGCAUGUUGAUUUGUGAUAUUGUGCCAUGUGAAACCUAAGACCUCAUAUUGAAGUACUGUAUUACAGCUGGAGUGCGAGAGGAGAGCAUGGCAGGGAGGAAACUGAAAGAUGAAUUACCGUCUUCUGAAACUGAUAUGGAAACCUGGUAAACGUGUUGAUCCGCCGCCUAACUUUUGUAAGUGUGACAGUACAGAAACAGUCGUGUGACAUUCAAGGUUUUACUGGCUCGCAUCAACACUGCUGGAGCUGCUUUGGCAAAUUUUGCUGCAGAUUUGCAUUUGUUUGAGCUUUUAGGAAUAACGGAAAAGGAGAAUGGCUCCUAUGGUCUAUUAACAGGAAUAUAAACAUUUGUGCUUACUGUUUUUUCAUUGGAAUUGUUAAAAAGUUAAAACACAUGAGGUAUGAGGGGGCCCACAGACACUGUGGUGUGUUGUGCUUUACUGCAAAUGCUGUAUGGAAAUGCAUCUGUUGGAGUCUGUUUGUGCAGAGAUAGAAACAAACUAAUCUGAAAGACUCCAAGUGACCCAGUACAACUGUAGCAAUGUUUUUUUUGUUGUUGUUGUUGUUGUUGUUGUUGUUUAUAUACUGUUAUUGUACACUGAAAAUAUUGUAAUUAUGCUUUUUGAAUUUCUUUAAAAUGCUUUUAGCUGCCGUAAA